CGCCACGUCGGCAGAACCAACAAGAUACAUCCUAUAUUUUUUUAAGGAAAGUUUGAAACCGCGAAAGUACGAUUUUACGUGCGUUAAAAUACAGGACAACACGCUCUUAAAGUAUAGCUUUGAAGAAGAGAGGAGUUUGAACAAAAGUAUAAAGGCACAGGCUGAAAAUUGCAUUAAUAUUUUCAGGAAACAAACGAGCGCACCAAAUAUUCGUCUCAGGUGCGUAGCAGUCCCUUCUACAAGCGGACAUCAGAAAUUACUGGAAACAUGGUGAAGAACGUGAACGCCACCCCAGAGCCCCAGCCUGAAGGUUGUCUCGUGGAAGAAGAAUCUGAGCUUACUGAAAGCGAGCCCACAGCAGAUGAGGGGAAGGAUGCAGGUAAGGAGCACCCCGUGGCCCAGCCGGGUAUGAUCUGGCGGGUCGGGGGUGGCCUGUUCCGUGCCAGUAAAACUGUGGUGGGUGCCACGGUAGGAGGAGUCGCCUGGCUCGGUGGGAAGAGUCUGGAGUACACUAAAUCAGCAGUUACUUCAGUCCCCUCGAUGAGCGUCAGCCUGGUGAAAGGGGUCGCCGGGGGAGUGUCGUCGGUCGCCGGGGGCGUGUCAUCAGUGGGUUCCACGGUAGCUGGCAAAGUUCCGUUCAGAGCCAAGACAAAGGACAAGGCAGAGUGAGGAGGAGAUGAUGACGACGAUGAUGAUGAACACGAUGCAUCGCCCCACCGACUGAGCCAUAAGAGGAAGUGAUGAGUUGAAGCUAGUCGCCAUGUUUUCAAAGUGGAUUGAUUUUGUUCUUUUCUUUUCUUUUUUUCGUUUGUACAUCAUUCACUAAGUUGUACCUGGGGAAACAUGUUCAGUAGUGCCUUCUGUAGCCUCCCCCCCAAACACUUUCACUGAGCAGUGUGUACAGGGGGUCU